GUGAUAAAGUGAUCUCUGGAUCGGCAUUCUCGGCACUGACUUUGUUUCUCCUCCCGCACUUGUUCGUUGGUCGAUCCAAGGAUAUAUGCAUACUUUCAUAGCAGUGCACGGAGGUGCUGGUUCUCAUAGUUCUUCCACUGAACGGGAGCUCAAGCAAGCCCUGCGCCUUGCCUGCAAGAAAGCAUUAGAUUCUUCCUCUUUGACUUCGAGGUCACCUCUGGAUGUCGCUGAAGUGGCAAUUACAGUCCUUGAAGAUGAUCCGGUCCUCAAUGCAGGAUACGGUUCGAAUCUAAGUUUGGAAGGGAUAGUAGAGUGUGAUGCCGCUAUAAUGGAUGGCAACUACCAUUUUGGUAGCGUUGGCGCGAUUUCUGGCGUCAAGAAUCCUAUUCAAGUAGCUCGUGCAUUACUCCAACAUUCACAGAUAUCCGAUCCUCUAGGCCGUGUUCCACCCUUGACCUUGGUUGGCUCGGGAGCCCAUGCAUUUGCAUCCAAGAACCCUCACACGAGUUCAGGGAUUGUUGACAAAGGUUCCAUGGUCAGCGCAGGAGCCAGAGAUCGGUGGCGCUAUUGGAAAAAAAAAUUAACCUCCGCGAAAAUGGGAGAUUUAGACCCAAGCCAGCCCCUCGAAAUUGGACAGAAUCUGCAUGACUUGCAGGAUACCGUUGGCGCUGUUACAUCGCGCUUCGGCGAAAUGGCAUCCGGAGUCUCGAGCGGAGGGUUAUUACUAAAGAUGGAGGGAAGAUGUGGUGAGGCUGCAGUUUUUGGUGCCGGUUGCUGGGCUCAGAAUUUUCGUCCUGGAGCACGAAUUGGGAUGGCAUGUAGCAUAUCUGGCACGGGUGAAUACAUAACUCGAAGUGGCCUUGCGCGAGCUUUAGGGAAAGCAUUUGAAGUGCCCGAACCAAUCAACUCAGAUGAAGAUGUCGAUCCGCAUGCAAUCAUUCAGAAGGUUCUAAUUCACGAGUUCUGGAAGCCUUCGCAAGAUCUUGGGGAAUCCAGUCCAAGUGCCGGUAUCCUACUGAUGACCUACGAAGACGGAGAUGACGAACCGAUAGUGCGCGUCUGGUGUGCAUUCACGACCCCUACUAUGGCCAUUGCAUAUGCGUCAACCAAAAAUCCAAGCCCUAAGGCUCUAAUUCUUCGACGACCAAAGGAAAUGACUAGAACACGGCCUGAUGACAACUUGGCACCUGUGUACAUGACAGCAUUCUCAUUGUAAUUCCAUCGAUAUACAUUCUAUAUACUGUACAAAAACUGCGUACAAACCAGUUCGUUCGAUGGGCAUCAAAAUGAGAUCCGCCAAUUGACAAUGGUCUCGAGCGGAUCCAUUGUAAUAUCAUACGAAUCGUGAAAGAUAGCGUCAACAUACAGAGUUCGCCAACCCCUUAUGACACAACAUUCCCGAGACCCGAGACCUUGGACAUAGAUAAAGCCCUCCGGCAC